AUGGCAGCAUCAGCUAUCUUUUUAAUGGAUUCAAAAGGAAAGGUUUUAAUCUCACGUAAUUAUCGUGGUGAUGUACCAAUGAGCGUUGCUACCAAAUUUGUUUCGAAAAUAUUAGAAGAAGAGGAUCUUAAUUUAAAACCAAUCAUUCAAGAAGAUGGUAUUUCAUAUAUCUAUGUUAAACAUAAUAAUUUAUUUUUAUUAGCAACAACAGAAAGAAAUGCAAACGCAGCAACUAUAUUAUUAUUUUUAUAUAAAAUGAUUGAAGUUUUUAACGAAUAUUUUAAAGAAUUAGAAGAAGAAAGUAUUAGAGAUAACUUUGUAAUCAUUUAUGAAUUAUUAGAUGAAAUGAUGGAUUUUGGUUAUCCACAAUCAACAGAACCAAAAAUUCUUCAAGAAUAUAUUACUCAAGAAGGUUAUAAAUUAGAAAGAGGAGCAAAAGGUAUGUUACCAAUCUCUGUUACUGGUACAAUUACUGGUGCAGUUUCAUGGAGAAAAGAAGGUAUUAAAUAUAAUAAAAACGAAGUAUUUCUUGAUGUUGUCGAAUCAAUUAAUCUUUUAGUUUCAGCCAAUGGUACAGUUUUAAGAUCAGAAAUUGUUGGUGCAGUUAAAAUGAAAUCAAAGCUUUCAGGUAUGCCAGAAUUAAGACUUGGUUUAAAUGAUAAAAUUUUAUUUGAAAAUAGCGCUAAAACUGGUGCACCAAAAGGAAAAGGUGUAGAAUUAGAAGAUGUUAAAUUUCAUCAAUGUGUUAGAUUAUCCAAAUUUGAAAACGAUAGAACAAUUUCAUUUAUUCCACCAGAUGGUGAAUUCGAAUUGAUGAGCUAUCGUUUAAAUACUACAGUUAAACCAUUAAUUUGGGUAGAAUGUAUUAGCGAUACUCAUGCACACAGUCGUGUCGAAUAUAUGGUUAAAGCAAAAUCACAAUUUAAAGGUAAGUCAAUUGCAAACAAUGUAGAAAUUAUUGUACCAGUUCCACCAGAUGCAGAUACACCAAAAUUCAGAUGUACAGUUGGUACUUGCAAAUAUGCACCAGAAAAAGAUGCUAUCAUUUGGACCAUCAAACAAUUCCCAGGUGGUGGUAGAGAAUUUUUAAUGAGAGCCCAUUUUGGUUUACCAUCAAUCUCUGAUGAAAAACCAGCUACUAAACCACCAAUCAUGGUCAAAUUUGAAAUUCCAUAUUAUACCGUAUCUGGUAUUCAAGUUAGAUAUCUUAAAAUUAUUGAAAAAUCUGGUUAUCAAGCUCUUCCUUGGGUUCGUUAUGUUUGUUUAAGUGGCGAUUAUCAAUUUAGAACUUCUUAA